UAAACUUAACACCUCUCAGCUUUAUCAAUCGUAAAGGUACUGCUGUAAUUUGACAGGUAAACAUUAAUAGUAUUACGUGGAAAUUAGUACUGUACAAUAGCGGCGUGCUGUGCUUAAGUGGUGACGUCAUGGAGGUGAGCCAAUGAGAAGGGUUGAAGUAUUGCGUCAUCGGUAAGAGGCCAAUGAGAAGGCGAGUUGCCAGCCUGGUCACACCGCGCACCGACCAAUGGCGAGCCAGUCUGUAUCCUGCCAAGUGUGGUGCACAGCCUGACUCAGGAGGGGACUGUGUAUUGAUAUAUGUACAUGAGUAAAUCCCAAUAUAUAUAGUGAAGUGCUGCUCCGUUACUUAUCAGAAAUAAUAAUAAUAAUAAUAAUAGUAAUAAAAAAAAAACGACAGCAGACUUAAUGUUAGAGGAAACUUGAAUGUGAUGCACUGUGAUGAUGACAGGAAGAACAACCUGUACCCCGCCUUGGUGACAGUACUCAAUCUAGAUAUAAACACAGCAGACUUUUGACGUGAGCGCUGCUAUCUAGUUUUCAUCGCAGUGAAGUGAGUGACUUUCUGUUUGACGUUUGUGAUUGACGCACCAAGACACGUGCCACAAUGUUGCUGUACGCGCGGAAAAAAUUCCUGCGGGACGAGCGCGUCUUGCAGCUGGUGCUAUUGCUGAGUUUGCUGCGCGGGGACCCUGACAGUUUGUUGGGGAGUCUGGGAACCGCACCCCUCGCAGACCUGCCCCAUGACCUCAUCCUUGGGUCAUCGCUGGGUCACGCCCGCCCGUCCUCCCCUAUGAUCAUGGGCUCUGAUCUUCACCCUAAGAAUAUGGAUCGAAUUCUGGCUGACUACCAGCGGUCAGUUCUGGAGGAUCUGAAUGCCUUGGGUCGCUAUAGCUGGCCGCCGCAGCGGUCACCCGUGCAAGCUUUCCUUCUCAACUCCCACACUUCCUUUCCUUCACCGCCUUCAGCAGACACCCCGGACCACCACCAGCCUGCAGCAGAUCCCGCCACUCAGCCCAGCCACCUGCUGUCAGAUUCCUCACAUCAGUACAAUCUCUCAGAUGAUCUCACGCCGGAGGACCUGGCGCUUAUCGAGGCUCUGUGGAAGCAGGAUGUCGACCUUGGUGUGCCACGGGAAGUGUAUGAAGAUGAUGGAACUGAGAGCCAUACUGACUCUCCCUCUAAGGACAAGGACCAUGGCAAGAAGCCAAAGAGCAACACUACCAUUGAUGAGAAACCUGAAGACAACCUCUGGCUGCAACUCAACUUUACAGUGGACUCUGAGACAGGUGAGCAUUUACUGUCUCCUGAGAACCACAUCAGUGGAGGAGACGUGACCCUUGACUCUGUGUCUCCUCUCAACUCUCCGUCCUUCACCCUCAAUGAGACAGUGCCAGACUUCAACCUUGACUUCAACCUUGAUGAAGCCUUGAAAUUUGUUGGACUGAACUGUUCUGAGACUGGAGAAACUGUUUGGAAGCCCUCAGAGCCUGAACCCAGCUCUGACAACAAAGAAAGCCCUGAUAAGGAGAAGGAGGACAGCGAGGACAGCUUAGACACCUUGAACGACACCCUGGACGAUAUGAUCCAGGCCUCCCAGCUUCACCCUCAACACCCACGCUCACUACAGGGUCGGCUGGGCAGCCUGGUCCGGGGCGGGGAGAUGGAGCGAUGGCAGGAGGUGGUGCAGUACUUAGGUCUGCCCAACCCCCACCACACCCAGGCCCCCCACACGCCCAUGGCCGCCCACGGAACUUCACCCACCCACUCCCACGGGCAUGGGCCACCUCUCCACCACCCUCAUGCCCUCUACCCAUCGCAUGAGACCUCACCGUCCACGCCAGCCGCGCCAGUGCCCAGGGGCGUGCUGCUCAACAAUGCCACCCUCCCACCACCCAUGCCAGACCCAAUGACUCACAAUAUCACCUACACCAACAGCAUGGGUGCCUCAAGCCAUCUGGUGACAAGCAGCAUGAACCUCACCAACAGCUCCGAUCUAGCUGGCAGUGACCACAGUCAGUAUAAGAUGGAAGCUACUACUACCCUUCCCUCAGAAAUGAUGUACUACCAGAACAGAAGUCUUGAUGGCUUUGAGAUGAAUGACACCACAGACAGACUCAUAUCUGAUGUUCUCUCAGCAGAGAACACAAGUACAGAGAUGAACCAGACAACAGAUGGGCUCCUGUCAUCCAUCCUCAAUGAUGAGGCGUUGGGUCUGAUGGAGAUGGCCAUGAGUGACUCUGGGUGUGCGCUACCUCAGCUGAGUGGUGAGGAUGGUGUGGACGUCUCCAGUGAUUCAGCGGUGUCUUCCCUUAGUCCUGACGAGCCCUGGAGCUCACUCGACCACACUACACAGCCCUCAGAUAGUGGUAAUAGGAAUCAGAGUGGAGACUACAACAACACUGGGAGCUAUCGCUAUGCUGCUGAGGAUCCCCAUCGCAUGCCUCCAAUUCCCCUCAAGAAACAACACAUGUUUGGACGAGGUGGAGCAGGAGGCCUUGGAGGUGGAAGCAGCAGUGGGGUUGGUAACGUGGGUGGAUAUGGUAGUCAUUACCCCCCCCCAAGUCUACCAGUGAUGGAGGGAGCCACAGCCCUCGACCCAGCAGAGAUGAAGUACUCUUGCACCAUGGACUUUCGUUCACAAGAAGUGUCAGGGUCUUCUGUGGAGCAUGUGCAACACAACCACACCUACCACAUGUCCCCAGAGGGACCAUCAGGCCUGUCACGACCCACCUCCAGGGACAAACAGAAAAAUCGGAAAAACGAGAGCGAACGCACCCUGUCCAGAGAUGAAAAGCGAGCCCGGGCCAUGAACCUUCCCAUCACCUGUGACGACAUCAUCAACCUGCCGAUGGACGAGUUCAAUGAGCGCAUUUCCAAGUAUGACUUGACAGAGGCACAGCUCUCGCUUAUCAGAGACAUCCGGCGCCGUGGCAAAAACAAGGUUGCAGCCCAGAACUGCCGGAAGCGUAAGCUGGACCAAAUUCUACACCUGGCUGAUGAGGUGAAGGCCAUUCAAAGUCGCAAGAAUGAUCUCUACAAGGAGUACGAGUACCUAAACCUUGAACGGAACCGCAUCAAGAACAAGUUUUCUUUAUUGUAUCGGCACAUAUUCCAGAGUCUCCGGGAUCCUGAUGGGAAUCCAUACUCACCACACGAAUACUCACUGCAGCAGUCAGCAGAUGGCAGUAUCCUCCUUGUGCCACGUUCCUCACCAGGUCACUCAGUGGAUCCCAAUUCUGGUAAUAAACAAAGAGGCAAGGAUGAUGCCAAGCAGUGAAUUUUGCCUUGGUAGACAAAUAUGCGUUAGUACCAUUUUUCCCAAACUCCGUACUUCUCUACCUCAGUGAAACUCAAACUGAGUCUGAAAUACCACUCCGUGACAUUAAGAUCAUUUGACAAAAGUUUAUUAUUUCCUUUCUGUUCUUUAUUUCUGUAUGUAGAGGCAGUUAUUGUCAAAACAAUUAGUCUGGAGAUGGUUUUAGAUGUUUUGGUGUACACUGUGUAGAGCGUCUUCUAUCUAGUGAGUUAUAGCUUAUUGAGCAUCAAGUUUAAGUUAUGCCUUUGUUGUGCAUUGCUAAGGAACUUGUGUCUAGACUAUAGCAAACUUGAUGGAAAUAGCAAGACUACUUGGUAGUUAUGUCCCCCAGUUUACAAAGGCUGUGAUGAGAACUCAUGAGUGAAGCACUUUUAUGUAUAGAUCAUGUUGUAUUAUAGUUUUGUAUGUUUUACAUUGCUGUCUUCAUAUCCAUUUGGCAUCAAUGUAUGAUUUGAUAUUCAAAAAUUUGUAGUUAUCCUUGAUACCUCUUCAGAGAAAUAAGUUGCCCUCAGCUAUUUUUAAUCAUAACACCAUUGCUGUAUAUCAGUUCUUUAAAGGGAUGGGCAAGUGUAAUUUGAAAUUAUAUGAGUUCCUUUUGAGGCAUUGAAUGUAGGAGGGGCGUAGACACCAGGAUUACUAUUUUGAGUCAUUCUUCGUCUAUAGUUUUUAGUUAAAUACACUAUUUUAUGAAAGAAAAAAUGGAAAUGAAUAUACUUAAAGAUAAGCUUGCCUUUUUAGGCCUAUGCAACAUUACAAAUGAGUUUUGAACUUUGUUAGAAUAUAACCUUGCAGCAGUUACGUAACUGUAAUAGAAGUUUCAACGUCCUCUGUCUCAACACAAAUUUCUAUGCAUUUAUAAGAUAUAAAUUUCAUACAGUUAUCCAUUGGUAAAAAGACAGAAUAAUCAUGUACAUAACAUGCAUGUUGGUAUUAACUAGAAAGAAAUGAGUUUUGAUUUUUUUAAAGUCACUACAGUACUUACAUAGCUGGAGGGUGAUCAGGAUUAUGGAUCCUGCAGCAAAGAAAAGCAUGUGCUCCUGGAAUGAGAAUAUUGUGGAAACUAAAGCUUGACGCUCAACAUAUGAUGCGUGUGAUUGGCAGAGUGUGUGCUGCUAACACACCGUGGUUAUAAAGUGUGCUCACUGGCUGGCCAUUUACAUCCCACCAAUUGCCAAUACCAGAAUUGAGAGUAGGUUGGAGGGAUGAAAAGUAACUGACUGUAGGACUUGAUGUAAAUGAAAUGGCAACUCAUUUCACUUGAAAUUAUUAAAAAUCUGGUAAAGGAGAGAUCUGGCAACAAUCUUCCACUUGUACCUCAGUGGCAAUUUUUGGUGGUUACGCCCCUAUUGCAUUUAACGCCUCUUAUGAAAUAGGGAGGAAACGUGACUUUGAGGAAUCCCUAACAUGAAAUGAUCUCAGCUUGACUUGCAAAAUUUCACAUUUACAUAUUGUGAUCACUAGCAGUGUCUAGGGCUGGUGUGUUCCCUCUGGCUUAAGUACUGAGGCUUUGGAUCGCUUGAAUUUUUCACUUCAACAUUCAAGCUGAUGUUUUAUAAGUCAUGUAAUAGUUCUCAGGUAAAAAAAAAAAAAAAAAACAUAAGUUGACGUUGACUUGUUAAUCACAUUACAAUCAAUGAAAAACACUAUGACCUGCUUCACUACCUUUGACAGCCUGUUGUGCUACAGAGACUGUAACCUAAAGUGUACGUACAUGAUUUAUAAACGUUACCAAGAAUCAAAUAAUGAGGUUAUGCACCCCACCAUUUUGCUUGAAAGAGUAAAAGUGAAUAUGGUAAAAAUAAGUACAAGAAUAUUAUUUAAAGCAAGUAUUUUUUGAGGUUUAGAACAUGCUUGUGGUAUUUGGACUCACUCCAUGUGUUUGUAUGAAGUUCACUAUUCAAAACCAUAUAUUAUAAUUUUGCUAUGAUUAAGUUAGAUUUUUAUAAACUUUAUGGUAGCAUGCCUUUCUGUUAUCUAGAAAGGAGGAUAUAUAUAUAUAUAUAUAUAUAUAUAUAUAUAUAUAUAUAUAUAUAUAUAUAUAUAUAUAUAUAUAUAUAUAUAUAUAUAAAUCAGUCCAUUGCCAUGAAGCUUUAUAUAUACUACAUACAUAUAUAUAUGUACACACACACACACACACACACACACACACACACACACACACACACACACACACACACACACACACACACACACACACACCAAGAAGAGUGCAAAUACUAAUAUAAGAGAGGAUGCACUGUUCUGCAACUGCAGGUCUAUGCUGCUUGGUACCAACAUUGUUGCACUUUAUAACCAUAAUACCUCCUAACAGAUAACUGCCUGAAAAUGUAGUCACUGUAGUAUAUAUUAGAAUUUUUAAAUUCUUUCAAUUGAUCUAUGUGGCCUUGCAGCAUCUUCUAGAUGUAGAUGCAGAUCAUUUCUUUUUAUUGUAAUUACAAUUGAGAGGUUAAAUUUCCUUUAAUAGUAAUUUUAGAAAUACUUUUUCUAAAGCCUGUACAUGAAAUGUCAAUACGUAUAUAUUUACUUGGUUAAUGAUGGGUUUUAUAAAUGGCAAUUAGUUUGGGACUUGUGGUCUAAACUUCCCAAACCUAUUGAAUGAAUAGUUAUAUAUUCAUAUAGGGUAACUUAAUCAAUUCUGGAUAUGAUAAACAUGCAUAGGUUUUGAAGUUUGCAAGUGAAUUAAAGGAAGCUUAUCCCCAUUCACUAUCUGUGGUUUAUAAAAGUGUGUGUAGUUAUGAUAAAACUCAUUCAUGAUAAGUCUAUGGUUGCUGCUUCAGUAAUCUGUUUUAACCAUAGUUUAGGUAAAUGGAUAACAAAUACGCCAAAAUAUAGAAAUUUCAUGAUUACAUUUGUUAGAGCAGAGUGAACGGUUAUUACUUGUUGUGUUGUAAAUCACAAUUAGCUAUCUGUUGGAUAGAAUGAUGAAUUCUUCUGAACUGCCUGUGCAUUAGUUUUAUUGUUAAAUUUGAUUUUCAGUAUCUGAAAUUAAAUACAAUAACUUCUCACCUUGUCUGAAUUUGUAGUGGAGAAUUUCAUCAGGAAAUUGGAGUGUAUUAAUAUGAGUGGCUCCAUGAACACAAACCACUGGGUAGCUCUAGUGACUGUGUAGGACUGGUGGUCGUGUAGUCAGGAGCUCAGUUCAGUCUUGGCAUGGAGUCUGUCUGGGUAAUGUGACUUUUGUUGCUUGGAUUGACUCUGUGUGGGUCAUGUGACCUCCAUUGCCUGACUCUUGGGAUUCUAUUGAAAAUAAGUGUAACUGUACUUUUAAUACUGAAUGAGCCUUUAUCAUAAGUUAAGCAUACAUAUAUACAUGUUAUUUGAUGUAUGUAUACAGCAUAAUGAUACAUGUAUAGAUGAUCUUGCUUGCACACAUCCACCAAAGUGUACAUACAGAUCCUGCUACAAUACACAUACAUUUGAAGUGUGUGUGUCAUUAUAGAACACAAUGCACAUGUAUAUAUUCCCACCACAUUCAUUUGAUCUAUGCAUUUUCACGGUCUUAACAGACACACAUUUUAUCAUCAUGUCUCAAGGAGCUUGGAAGGGUAUUAUUUUAUUGGGAGACCAGCACAAACACACCCCCUUUCAGUCCAUUAUGGUGGUAUACUUGACAGUGCUCACACCUUUCCUCCUGGUUGAAUGUUGUGUACAUAGAUAUAAUACAUUACUUUUACUACUAUAUGAAGAUGAUGAAUGGUAGCAUCCGUGAUUAUUGCCUACUGUGACUAUUCCCUUUUUACUGUGAGCAUGGAAGUGAAGACAGAUGGAUUACUGUGGUGAAUGAAUAGUUACAAAGAUUUGAUUGGUCAGUGUUCUAAGUUAACUUCCAGUUUAACUUUUGUCUAGGGAUAAACUUUAUCACAGCUGCUUUCCUGUUUCUAAUGACUAAAGUAAACAUUUCAUGUGUUACUUUUGUAUAUCAUGUAGAAUUAACUUGAAAUUUGUAAAAUUAUUGAGUGACUAAUGCCUUGCAUUGCUUAUAUUGCAAAAAUAAAACUAACUGCCUAACUAAAUUAUGUCAGUGAAGUAAAUUGUAUGAUAUUUAGAUAUGAUUUGAAUCAAGUUUUAGGUAUUAUAUCAGAUAAGUCUUUCCAGUUUUUAACUUAUCUAUUUAUAUCUUUGCAAAAACUAAUCUAUGAAGUAAAAGAUAGUUUGGUUUCAUCAGAUAUCAGUGUGCCUCCAGUGAGAUUUGGACCAGCAUGACACACCAAAUUCAUCAUAUUAACAACAGUAGUUCACUGAAGUUUUUCAGUCAGUGCUAUAAAUAGCAUAUGAAUUAUGAAGUUUGUUGGUGUUGAUUACAUCACUGUCAAGGUUAAUUGGUUCUGGUGGAAUUUCAGAUAUAGUAAUUCAUAUGUCAGAAGUUACAAUACAAGGUUACUCCAGUAUGUGAUUUCCCUUUCACUAAUAAAUCUUAAGUUAAUAAAGUAAUGGCUAUUCUGUUAGUGGGUAAGGCUUUCUUUACUGCAUGUUGAGACCAAGUACAUAAGCAUACUUUACAAAUUCCAAUCUAAAUUUUAAGGUAUGCCAAUUUUUGCAACUAAAUCUUUGACUUGUAUACAAGGUCCACUUUAUUUGAGUUUGUUCUUCACAUUACUUUUAUAUCAAUUAUGGAUGCCUUGUAUAGUUUUUUGCCAAGUGGACCAGAAACUGGUGACUGCUUCCUUGGUUUCACCUCUUUUGAGAUGUAAAUAAUGUGUUUCCACCUUGACCAUGGAUUAAGUGUUUUAUUUGUUGAAAUGUCUGAAUGAUUGCUGAAGGAGAAGACUGAAUCAGAAAACUGCAAGAGCUUGUAUUUUUAUGUAUGAUAUGGAAAGUGUUUUUAAUAAAACAUAAGUAGA